GCUGGCUGGGACUAUGAUUUAUCAAUGCUCGCAGCUUUGUUCUCAUGACAGACUUGCACUCGUCCAGUCUCAUCAGACCAGGAGAGAGCGGUGAAUUCUCCUUAACUUUCCUGCAUCUUCGACGAUUCCAGCUGCAGCAGGUACUUUCUGCACUUGAGGUGUUGAAGCAGCCAUGUGGAGCAGAGAGAGCGCUUCUCUACUUCUCAUCUGCCUGCUGGCGCUCACAGCUCUCUGGAAAACCAGAUCGGUGAAUGCCGAUGCCACAUCUGAUGCCUUUAAAACCAACAUCACCCUGUUCACACGGAUCCUGGACAGACUGCUGGAUGGAUAUGACAACCGUCUACGGCCUGGUCUCGGAGACAGGGUAACUGAGGUGAAGACAAACAUCUAUGUCACCAGCUUUGGACCAGUUUCAGACACAGAUAUGGAGUACACCAUAGAUGUUUUUUUCCGGCAAAGCUGGAAGGAUGAGAGGUUGAAAUUUCAUGGACCGAUGAAUAUUUUGCCCCUCAACAACCUGAUGGCGAGUAAGAUCUGGACUCCAGACACCUUCUUCCACAAUGGGAAAAAGUCUGUGGCUCAUAACAUGACCAUGCCUAAUAAACUGCUGAGGAUCAAAGAUGACGGAACGCUGCUGUACACCAUGAGGUUAACUGUGCAUGCAGAGUGCCCAAUGCAUCUGGAGGAUUUCCCCAUGGACUUUCAUUCCUGUCCACUAAAAUUUGGCAGCUAUGCCUACACAAUCUCAGAAGUGACUUAUGCUUGGACUCGAAAUGCCUCCGACUCUGUGGUAGUGGAAGGAGAAAGCUCCCGCCUGAACCAGUACGACCUGCUCGGACAAACAGUCGGACAAGAAACUAUCAAGUCAAGUACAGGUGAAUACACAGUGAUGACGGCUCAUUUCCACCUGAAGAGAAAGAUUGGCUACUUUGUCAUCCAGACGUACCUCCCGUGCAUCAUGACUGUCAUUCUUUCCCAAGUGUCUUUCUGGCUGAAUAGGGAAUCGGUGCCAGCUAGGACUGUGUUUGGUGUAACCACCGUUCUCACGAUGACAACACUGAGUAUAAGUGCAAGGAACUCCCUUCCCAAGGUUGCUUAUGCCACUGCCAUGGACUGGUUCAUCGCUGUCUGUUACGCCUUUGUCUUCUCCGCUUUGAUUGAGUUUGCCACUGUCAAUUACUUCACAAAGCGCGGCUGGGCUUGGGAUGGAAAGAGUGUCGUGAAUGACAAGAAAAAAGAGAGGGCAUCCGUCGUCAAGAAGAAUAAUGCCUACGCUGUAGCAGUGGCCAACUACGCGCCUAACAUCACCAAGGACUCCAGCACACUUCCAACCAUCGCCAAAGGUGGAGCUCCGGAGCCCAACAAGGCCAAAGCAGAUGGCAAAGCCCAAGAAAGCAAGAAGACAUUCAACAGUGUUAGCAAAAUUGACAGGAUGUCAAGGAUUUUGUUUCCGGUUCUCUUUGGCACCUUCAAUCUCGUCUACUGGGCCACCUACUUAAACAGAGAACCCGUUAUAAAGGAUAUGGUCCCCUCUACUUAGAGACCACUUUUAAUGGGUUCUGAUCUGGGGACUAAGAGAUGAACCAAAUACCUCCAGCAACUGUGUACACAUACCUUUGCAGAGUCAAGUCCUGGAUUGCAGUGUGAUCCUCUAUCUCCGCCUGUUUUCUACACCGUCUGCAGCACUUUUGAGGAGCCUGGCUUUUGUAAAUGUGUAUGUAUAUUUAUAUUCAUGGUUUUAUGGUGACAUAUUGUGUGAUUACUUCGAUUAGAGUGCAUAUUUCCUUGAAAGUAUGUUUCCAGUUACAGUAUGUGGCCACUGUACAUACAAAUCAAAUGAGGAGUAAACAUUAACACAUACAUUUUAUUUAAGAUUACUUCUAAACGUGUUGUUUUGCUGGUAAUGCCCACUCUCUUGAUAUUACAGUAUAUAUAUAUUUUUCUUUUGAGUGAAAGUGACUGCUUAUAUCAUAUUUCUUUCUGUCUCUGCCAUCUAAGAGUGGCUUUUUUCUGUCCAAGCCAAUGCAAAAACACACUUGUAUAAUACUGUUACAGUGUAAAAGUUGUUUUAUUAUCUG